AUGGGCUUUUUAGACUUCUUUUUUCAAGAACUAUUUCAGGAAAAUUCUAACUACACCCAAUACCUUUUCCCCAUAGUUAGGCAAAAAAAAUGGUAUCUUGAUGCUCUUCUUUUUCCUCUCUAUCCUCUCCUUCUCUCUCCUCACUAUCCUCCCCUUCUCUCUCUAUACAUACAUAUACACUGGGAAGCAAGAUUGAAGGCAAUGGCAGAUUGGAAUGGAAAGAGUUCGAUGGAGGAUCAAGAUUUUCAAGAAGAAGAUGUGUGGAGUGUUAUGAAGGGAAGAGAAGAGUCAAACACAAAAGUCAACAAACCCCAUAAAAUCAAGAAAAGAUCAUCAUCAUCAUCAUCAUCAUCAUGUGCAUGGACAUCUCACGAUGGUGCAAGAAUGAUACCUAGGUGCAAUGAGGGUAGGAUGCCACAUCAUCAGCAACAAUCCUCAGCUCCAAUGGGUAUCCCCGACUGGUCAAAGAUUUACAUGGAGAAAAGCAAAGGUCCAAGUGAUGGAUGCUAUGAAGAUGGUGAUUAUCAUAAUCAUGGUGCCCAUGAUGAUGAUGAUGAUGGUGAAAUGGUGCCACCACAUGAAUACAUUGCUAGAAAGCUAGCUAGAAGUCACAUUACUUCUUCUUCUAUGUGUGAAGGUGUUGGGAGGACUCUCAAAGGAAGAGACCUCAGCAAAUUGAGGAAUGCCAUUUUGACCAAAACUGGUUUUUUAGAGUAAUCUUCCAUGCCCAUCCAUCAAACCAUCAUCAUCAUCAUCGUCAUCACCAUCACCAUCACCAUCAUCCUCAAUCUUGUUUUGAUUUUCUCUUGGUUACUUUUCUAGAAGUUAGCAAUAGUUAGCAGUUCCAACAUGAGAUCUUUAUGAUUAGAUAUAUCAUAUAUGUAAGCGGGAGUAUCGAAUAGUUUUGUUAUGAAAGUUUGAGGAUUUAGUUCUAGCACUUGCAUAAUAUAAUGUCGAUUUAGUUCAUCAUCUAUAUAUCCUUUCUUUUUAUUUAAAUAUAUUAUUA